AUGGCUGGUGCAGGUCCAAAAGCUUACAUGGGAUGGUGGGGUAACAUCGGUUCCCCAAAGCAAAAAUACGUUACUACUUAUACCGUUUCUCCAUACGCUACUAAACCUUUGAAGGGUGCUUUAUACAACUCUGUUUUCAACGUUUUUAGAAGAGUUAAGAACCAAACCUUAUUCGUUGUUAUCCCAGCUGUUAUUGUCUGGAACGUCUGGGCUCAGGCCAGAGAUUACAACGAAUACUUGUACACUAAGGCAGGCAGAGAAGAUUUAGAAAAGGCUAACGCUUAA